AUGGAAACCGGAAGCAGUAGCAGGAAGAACAACAACAAUCAGAAUCAGCAAGAUCAUGAUUUAGGGUUAGAGAAAGUUCGCCUAAUCAGUUUAGCUCUCGAAUUCGGUUUCGAUGAACAAUCCGCUAUCCAAUGUUUCGACCGCCUCGUCUCUCUCUACGGUGACGACGGUCGUGAUUUCAUCACCGUUGAGCACUGCGGCGAUGAUUUUCUUACUGCUUUGGCGGAAUCGGUGCAAGACACGGAGGAAUGGGAUGAUUUACGCGAAAUGGAAUCGCAGGCUGUUGGAACUUUGAAUCACGUGCUUGAAGAACGUUUUGCCACGUGCGGUGAGGGUUCUAAGGCUUUCGUUGAUGUUAUCCACGAUUCGCCUCAGAAAGGGCGGAGCAAAUUUGUUGAAUUGGGUUCAAGUGAUGACGAGGAUACUGAGGGUAAUUCUGUAUUUUCGGGUCAACAACCUCCUCUGAAGUCAAUGGGUGGCACAAGUUGCAUCACUCAAGGCUCAGUUUCAUCAACUUCCAGAAAAAUACAAUCCUCCUUUGCUUCAAAGGAUAGAACUAGUACUCUCACUUAUGAAGAGUUGCAGGCGCUAGAUGAUAUUGAAUUGGCAAAUGUAGUUAUCUUUGGUAAUAAAAUACUUCGACCAUUGCAGCAUCAAGCAUGUAAUGCAACUUUGUCAAAACAAGAUUCUUUUAUUCUUAUGCCUACUGGAGGUGGUAAAUCUCUUUGCUAUCAGCUUCCAGCAACCCUUCAACCAGGAGUUACAGUAGUUAUAUCUCCCUUACUUUCACUCAUUCAGGAUCAGAUAAUAACACUUAAUCUCAAGUUUGGAAUACCUGCUACCUUUUUAAAUUCACAACAAAAUGCUUCCCAAGCCGCAGCUGUCCUCCAAGAGCUAAGUUUUCUUAUACACAGAAAAGACAAGCCUACGUGCAAGCUCUUGUAUGUGACACCUGAGAGAAUUGCGGGAAACCAAACAUUUCUUGGGAUUCUAAAAUGCAUGAAUCAGAAGGGACAGCUGGCAGGUUUUGUUGUUGAUGAGGCACACUGUGUUAGCCAGUGGGGACAUGAUUUCCGGCCUGAUUAUCGUGGAUUAGGAUCUCUUAAGCUAAACUUUCCACGUGUACCUGUCAUGGCAUUGACUGCCACCGCAACUCACCCAGUUCGCAAGGACAUCUUAAAUGCUUUAAGAAUCCCACAUGCAAUUGUUCUAGAAAGAAGCUUUGACAGACCGAAUUUGAAGUAUGAAGUGGUUGGUAAGACAAAGGAACCACUGAAGCAGCUUGGAAAACUUCUAAUGGACCGUUUCAAGAGUCAGUGCGGCAUUGUAUACUGCCUGUCAAAGAGUGAAUGUGUCGAGAGAGUCACAGUUCAAAAAAAAUGGCAUGACGGAGAGGUCCAUAUCGUAUGUGCAACUAUUGCUUUUGGAAUGGGGAUAGACAAACCUGAUGUUCGAUUUGUCAUCCACAAUACAAUGUCAAAAUCAAUUGAAAGCUAUUAUCAGGAAUCUGGAAGGGCUGGAAGAGAUAAUCUUCCUGCAGUUUGCAUUGCUCUAUACCAGAAGAAAGAUUUUAGUAGAGUUGUAUGCAUGAUAAGAAACGGCCAAGGAUAUAAAAAGGAGGGUUUUAAGACAGCAAUGGCUCAAGCCAAAAUGAUGCAACAGUACUGUGAAUUAAAGGAUGAAUGCCGGAGACAGACCCUACUUAAACACUUCGGAGAAUCUUUUGAUAGAAAGACCUGCAAGCAUGGCUCUAGCCCUUGUGAUAACUGUCUCAAGACGGCAUAA